CAACACUCCAACAUGCCCCUCACAUCCCCAUCCCCCUCUCGCCAACGAAUCCUCCUCCUCACCCUCGACGCCUUCAACACGAUCUACCACCCGCGCGUCCCAAUCCCAGACGCCUACAUCCACGCCGCCCGAGCGCGGAACCUUCCGCGCGCGCAGCUCCUCACGCCCACGAGCCUCGGCAAGGCGUUUAAAUCGAUCUUCAAGGCACAGACGAAAGCGUACCCGAAUUAUGGGCGCGAACUGGCGAUUCGUGGCGAGUACGGCGGCGCCAGACAAUGGUGGGAGGAGAUUGUGAGGGGGACGUUUAGGAUCGCGUUGAGUGAUGGGUUUGCGGAGUCUGGGGGGACAGGCACAAGCGCAGGCACGGUCAAUGCCAAUGCCAAUGCCCAUACGAAUGGAAAGACAAACCUAGAUACGACAGCGGUCCAGAUACCAGAAGAUCUCGUGCAAGGUCUCCUGAAGAUGUUCGCCAGUCGGGACGGAUACGCGCUAUACCCCGGGGCGGAGUCGCUCUUUGAGUACCUACGGCGUGUGAAACGGCAAGGUACUGCGUCAGGACCGUUCGAUAGGGUGGUCGUGGGCGUGCUGUCGAACUCGGAUGAUCGGGUCCCUGCCGUGCUCAGGUCGUUGGGGCUACGGGUGGGCAAGGUCCGAGCUGACGAGGAUAUCGAGAGUACACGGUUGCCGGGGUUUGAGGAGCGAGGGGGAGGGAUAGACGGGGGAUUGAGAGAGGAGGAAUCAUCUGGCCAGCAGGAUGUGGAUUUCGUGGUGACGAGUUACGAGGCCGGGGUGGAGAAGCCGCAUCGGAAGAUCUUUGAUAUCGCGAGACGGCAGGCGGAGAGGCUUGUGGGGUGUGGGCAAGAAGAUCUGGACUGGACGAUGGUGCAUGUGGGUGAUGAUCUGGAGAAGGAUUAUCGGGGUUGUUUGCAGGCUGGGUGGAGGGGAUAUCUGGGACUGGAGGGGCGGAGUCCGGAUGAGUUGGAGGGAGUGAGGGCUGUGGAUAUGUUGGAGGGGUUGGAAGAUCUGGAGGGGAAGUUGGAGGGGUUUGAAGAGUAGAUUUGAGGAAUUCAUGAGUGAUGACUGAUGGCUGGGAUAAUGACUCUUUAGUAGAGGGAGUUAGGGCUAGCGGGUGGUGACAUCCGCCCCAGGAAUUCUUCUCGACAGUUUCAACGGAAGGGAAAGACGGAUCCAUUCAUUUUUACGGUCAGCGUCCACAUGUUACUAUUAGAUAAUUG